AUGGCCAUGCCGAGAGUCUUCCUCGCCCGCCACGGCGAGACCGAAUGGUCCAUCUCUGGCCAACAUACUGGACGAUCCGAUAUCUCCCUCACACCUCAUGGCGAGGAAGUGAUGCGUCAAUUGGCACCUAGCAUCGUCGGUGUCGGCAAUGGCAAGCUCAUUGACCCUACCAAGCUCAACCACAUCUUUGUCAGCCCAAGGAAGCGAUCCCAGCACACACUCGAGAUCAUGCUCGAACACAUUCCCGCCAACCAACGACAGGGUAUUCCGCCAGUGGAGGUGCUGCAAGAGUGCCGCGAGUGGGACUAUGGUGCCUACGAGGGACUCAAGACGGAGGAGAUUCGAGCCAAGCACCCUGGCUGGGACAUUUGGACCGGAGGUACCCCAGAUCACCCUGAACGACCGGACGAGCUUCCAGGAGAGUCGGCACAGCACAUGAGUGACCGAGUCGAUUCGGUCAUUGCCAAGAUUCGCGAUCUUCAGUCGUGCCACGUUGACAAGCGCAAGCAAGGGCAUGAUGUGGGAGCUAAGACGUGCGAUGUCCUGUUGGUCUGCCACGGUCACUUCAAUAGGGUCUUUGUUGCUCGAUGGCUGGGCUUGCCGCUGACCAAUGGUCGCCUGUUCGAAAUGGAUGCUGGAGGAAUGGUUGUGCUCGGCUAUGCUCAUCACAACUUUGCUGAGCCUACUGUUGCUGGCAUCUUCUCUUCGAAGACAGGGCCUAAGGGUGAUGCGGUGGGCUCGGCAAAGCACGAGGAGUCGCAAUACCUCGAGCUCGUGUCUCGUGUCAUUUCGACAGGCGAGUCGAGACCCGAUCGCACAGGUACUGGCACUCUCGCUCUCUUUGCACCUCAGCCUUGCCUCCGUUUCGACCUUACCAACGGCGAUCUGCCUCUGCUCACCACAAAGCGUGUCUUCUUGCGAGGCGUACUGGAGGAGCUCCUCUGGUUUGUGGCUGGCAAGACCGACUCCAAGCUUCUUACUGACAAGGGCGUGCACAUCUGGGACGGUAACGGAUCACGAGAGUUCCUCGACUCGCGUGACUUGCAACACCGGCGAGAAGGUGAUUUGGGUCCAGUCUACGGCUUCCAAUGGCGACACUUUGGCGCAGAAUACAAGGACUGCGACACCGACUACACCGGUCAAGGCGUUGACCAAUUGCGUGAAGUCAUUGACAAGAUCAAGAACAACCCCACCGAUCGCAGGAUCUUGCUCAGUGCAUGGAACCCCAAAGAUCUUGCUCUCAUGGCUCUCCCUCCUUGCCACAUGUUCUGCCAGUUCUUCGUCUCCAACCUCGACGCUUACGCAAAGGGUCGGGGCAAGAAGCAGCUCUCUUGUCAAAUGUACCAACGUUCCUGCGAUCUCGGGUUGGGAGUCCCCUUCAACAUUGCCAGCUACGCUUUGCUCACUUAUAUGAUCGCUAAAGUCACCGAUUGCGAGCCCAAGGAACUCGUGCUUUCGAUGGGAGACGCUCACGUCUACAAAGAUCACGUAGAGCCACUCAAGAUCCAGCUCGAGCGUGAACCAUUGCCCUUCCCCAAGCUCAACAUAAAGCGCGAUAUCACCGAUAUCGAUGACUUCAAGUACGAGGACUUUGAGGUCGUUGGAUACAAGUGUCACUCGAAGAUCGACAUGAAGAUGAGCGUGUAA